UGCCAGACACACCUGCAGAGCUUCCAGAGAGAGGGCCCUGCCAGACACCUCUUCAGAGCUUCCAGAGAGAGGGCCCUGCCAGACACACCUGCAGAGCUUCCAGAGAGAGGGCCCUGCCAGACACACCUGCAGAGCUUCCAUAGAGAGGGCCCUGCCAGACACCUCUUCAGAGCUUCCAGAGAGAGGGCCCUGCCAGACACACCUGCAGAGCUUCCAGAGAGAGGGCCCUGCCAGACACAUAGGACGAGAGAAAGGGACUGGGGAGUGAGCUCAGCUGGAGCCAAUGCAGCAGCAGAGUGGACAGCCUGAGCUAGUGGAAGGAAGCCUUCCCGUGUUCGUGUUCCCCACAGAGCUUGUCUUCUACGCGGACGAGCAGACCUCCCACAAGCAGGUUCUCACCCUCUACAACCCCUAUGAGUUCGCCCUCAAGUUCAAAGUGCUAUGCACAGCGCCCAACAAGUAUACCGUGGUGGAUGCCACCGGAGCCGUCAAACCACAGUGCUGUGUUGACAUAGUGAUUCGACACAAAGAUGUGCGGGCCUGUCACUAUGGGGUGUCUGAUAAGUUCCGGCUGCAGGUGUCUGAGCAGAGCCAGAGGAAGGCCCUGGGCCGGAAGGAAGUGACGGCCACUCUGAGGCCCUCGGCUGCCCAGGAGCCCCCCAGCCCCCGGCCCCAGGAGGAGGAGCGACAGAUGAGGGAACAGCUAGCAGACAGCGUCUUCUUUGAGCAGACCACCUUCCAGACAGAGAGCCGCUCUCAGUCUGGGGGCCCAAGCCUGCUGACGGUGCUGUUGGGGUUGGUGUGUAUGGCUGCCCUCAUGCUGCCCACCCUGGGGGAGCAAGAAUCCACUGUGCCUGUCUACCUCCACUUAAGUGUUACCAAGAAACUUGUAGCUGCUUACGUUCUAGGUCUUCUUACAAUGGUUAUCCUGCGUACAUGAAGUGCUAUGGGGGCUGGAAAGAGAGAACGAGGAGAAGAGGAUACAAAAGAAGAGAACAUUCACUCACCCAAGGCAACUACAUGCUUGAAAGGGUAGUGUUGAGGGGGAGGGGGUAUCCGGUCAAUUCCCCCUUCCUCUGUCCCAAAAACAUACAUCUAAUUGUUUUGAAAUAAAAACAUAAUACUGACUGAAACCAAGCAAGAGACCUCUGAUGCAGCGGGCACAGAAAUAACAUUCUGGAAGGAGGGCAUUGUGUGGGUCUGCGGCUGUUGUAGGAAGGGUUUGUAUAAAAACAUGUGGGUCAUUAAAUUGUGUUUGACUUCA